AUGGGAUUUUACAUCAAAGUUAUAAAAAGAGAGAGGAAAGAAAAAAGAAACAGAUAUUGUAGAAAAUUAGAUCAAAAUCAGGGGUUACAGAAGGCGAUUUGAAGAGUUUUGACUCAGCGGGGCGCAGGCUAUAAUGAUGGCAUUAUCAUUGGGAGCACCGAGUCAGGGUCACCAACUCGGCGUAAUCUCCGGCAAUGGAAACAAAAGGAAGCCCAUUAUUAAGCUUAGUCGGAUUAUGGCGAGGUCGGAAUUGAGAACGUUGUACGAAGAGGGAAAUUUGGAGCAUCCGAAGUGGUCGGGAAAUAGUCUUCUGUCUCGUCUUGUCGGCGGCAUCAUUUCUGUCAAACCUUUCUUCGCCAUUCUUAAGCUCGCCGCCAGACAACUCAUGAUCAGUAAGGCAGCAGGGAAUAAUAUUCCAUGGCAAAAAAUGAGGUCAGAGAUUUUGGAGUGUGAAGAAGUUUACAAGGAGUUGGAGAAAGUUCGAAAUCCCUGCAUUAUCUACCCUGAUUAUUACCUAAAGCCUUUUCAUGCAUAUGAUGAGGGUCAUCUCUCGUGGCUUGCUGCAACAGAAGUAGAGGCUGCAACAAUGUCAAUGGUUAUGCGAGCAGUUCCCAAUGCCUCUUGUUUAGAUGAAGCAAAGGAAGUUGUAUUUGGAAAUUGGCUUCAACGAAUUGAUGAGCAUCAUAUGAAGUAUUCUUCAAACAAUCCUAUUCUAGACAUUCUAGACAUUGGGUGUUCUAUAGGUUUAAGCACAACAUAUCUGGCCGACAAGUUUCCUUCGGCUAAAACGAUUGGAUUAGAUUUGUCUCCUUACUUCCUUGCUGGGGCUGAACACAAUGAAAACAAAAGAGCCCAUCCAAGAAAGAAUCCAAUAAGAUGGUUACAUGAAAAUGGGGAACAUACUAGCUUUCCUUCAAGAUCAUUUUACCUACUUUCCAUUGCUCAUCUGGCAACAAGUUCCUCUUCAUUUAAGAUUAUUUUAUGUAAUCCAAUUAUGUCAAGAAUUCUGCUUAUUGAUAAGGAUAACAAGUAUGAUGUUGUUCACACUUUUAGACAUAAACUCUCUUUCACGAAUCCCAAAUCAAAGAUUACUCAGGAAUUAUCUCCAAUCAUAUACACAUUACUGAAGAGCGUAGAGCCAUACGUAGAUGAAUAUCAUCUCACUGAUGUGGAAGGAAGAAUGAGAGAAGUUGGAUUUGUGAAUGUGAAAUCAAGGCUAACUGAUCCAAGACAUGUUACGGUCACAGCAACUGUUCCACUAUGA